CAAAUAAAAGAAAGAAAGAAAAAAAAAACAAAGAUAGGAAGGAAAAAAAUAAUAAGAAAAAAAGAAAAGAUCGAGAGAACAUAAUCCACCGAAAGAUGAGGCUAAUCCACCGUUUGCUAGUUCUACUCUUUCUACGAGAGGCAUUCGCUGCGGUAGCUAGGAAACCACCAACUUUUUCAAAGCCAGUCUAUUCGAAUGCCUAUCUUCCGGCAGCUAUGCAGGUUAUUUUCCAUGCGGUUGAACAACUAAAAGCUAUUCAAACAGAGGAAACAACUCAUGCUACGAGUAUUUCCUCUUCUAUUAUUGAAACGAAUCAAGGAACAACGUUGUCCAUGAUCGAGGAUAAUUUUAAGGAAACGGAAAUAAUGGAAAUGGCUGAAACUGUUACGGAAAUGAUUAAAAACGACAAAAUAUUAACUAACGUCGAAUACGUUUCAACUUUGACAAGUAUAAUAAAUGAUCGACAUCAAGAAUUGCCUGAAAUUCACGAGGAAACGCCGGAAAUGAAUUAUGCAACUCCGGAAACGAAUUACGAAAGACCUGAAACGGUAGAACAGGUUAAAGAAAUGAAUCAAGAGCUUCCAGAAAUAAAUGAAGAGAAAUCAAACGUCGAUACCAAAGAUGUUCCUCCGAUAACGCGAGGAACACUUUCGAAAGAUACCAAAAUAAAAGACGAACCGAGCAUCGAUAGCAUAGUCGAAGGGAUUUAUGAAAUAUUAAAACCGACGUCGACCGAUAUCUACGAUGAUAUAAACGAUGAUAACAAUGAUAAUUAUAAAAUGGAGAAGAUCGAAGAAGAGGAUGAUGAGAACAGGUUCACAAUGCUAGGCGAAAAAGUGACACAAGUACCAAGGCCGAGUCUGAGCAACUACUUAAAGCGUGUCAAAGCAGAGCCUAGGGCAUCUUUGGUGCAACUAGCUUCGCUCUACGAUGCCCUUGGGAAGGAUGCUAGGAAGCAGGGUUAUGGUAAGUACUUUGGAUAUUCUGACGAAGUCCUGCAGGUGCUCGAUACAUCGGCCGAAGGUGGUAUAGGACCGCAAUUGAAGAAGUUAUUGGACAAGGUCCUUGAAAGGAACGAACUCACCAGGGAAGAUGCCAAGAACAGGACAAAACUCGUAAUACGAGAUCUCGAAGAACCUGCCAGUUUACUUAGCAACGAUCUUAGAAAUCUGUUGCCUCUUCGGUUCUCCUUUUUUUAAACUGCUCUAUUUCUUCUUCUUCUCCUUCUUCUUCUUUUUUUUUUCCUAAGGAAGAAGAAGAAUAAAAAGUUAAUUAAACGGUCGGAUAUUAAUUAAUAGACGACGAUCGUUAAAAGCUGUUCAUCGGCGGAACGAUGGGAGUUAAUUAUUCGAAAUGAAACUUCAAUUCUCUUCGAUUAAAAAUAAAAUUUUUUUAAAGUCGAUAGUUAAAUCAUUCGAUUCUCGCGAUCGGUUCAAUUAAGAGAGAAAGAGAGAGAGAGAGAGAGAGAAGGAAAAAUUUAAUAUAUAGCUCAAUUUUCUAUAUUUUACGAUUCAUUAAUUUAGAGUAUCCAUCCUUCACCACCAUCAUCGUUACCCCUUACUACUUUUCCUUCUCCUCCUCUUCACUCUCACCAACCAUUUUAUUUUUAAUCAAAAUAUAUUCUCAUAAAUUCACUUUCAUCGAUCAUCGAAAAUACUUCUACCCUGUUCCAUGCGUGCGGUUAACAGAUCAAAAUUUAAUAAAUUUAUCAAAUAGUAAGAUUAAAGAGAAAAA